GCCCAUCCCUUUGCUUUAUUAAAAUCAAUUCCACCUUUGCUAGCAAGUAAGGAAUGGCGAAGCUUAGCAUCCUUUUGUGCAUAGCCAUUGCAUUUAUGCUCAGCUUCACCUUGAAGGAAGUUGUUGCACACACAGGGACGGCCACCUUCUACACUCCCCCAUACGUUCCGUCUGCUUGUAAUGGAUACCAACAUGAUGGGGUGAUGAUUGCUGCUGCCAGUGAUGCAAUUUGGGACGAUGGAGCAGCUUGCGGGAGAAAAUACAAAGUUAAAUGCACAGGGGCAACCAACCAAUCCCCUCAUCCAUGUAGAGGAAAGAAGUAUGUGGUUGUGAAAGUAGUUGAUUAUUGCCCAUCUGGUUGUGAAAGCACCAUUGAUUUAUCGCAAGAAGCUUUCGCUUCCAUAGCCGAUCCAGAUGCCGGGAAAAUUAAAAUUUCCUUUCAUCAGGUCUGAAGUAUUGCCUGCAGGAACAUGACAUCUCCCUUGCGGAUAUGGGUCGAAAUAUGGCAGUGGGUCUCAUUGGCAUCUUUAACUUUCGAAGUGAAUCCUAUGUAUGUGGAUGAUAAAUGAUGAACAUAUUGAAAAAUAAUGAAUUGAAUCUUAUGCAGUUUCCACUUAACUGUAUAACAAUUCAACAAUUAAUAAAGAGGAUCUUCAUUUGAA